AAAAAAAAUCCCCAAAUUCAAUUUCAAAAUUCGAAGCCUCAAAAGAAACCCUAAUUUUUUUUUGAAUCGAGUUGCUGCUUCUCUCUCAAAUCUCAAUCUAGGCCCUGGUGGGGUUAAGGACCUCACGUAACAUUGGGACGCGAUGGGAGAUUUCAAUCUCGCUCUCGUGAUUGUAGCGAUCGUUGUUUGCGUCAUUGUUUUCAUCUCCAGCAUCUACCUCCUCGUUAACUACCAGCAUCCAGAUGAUGCGAACCAGGCUUAUUUCCCCAAAUUCGUUGUUGUUUUUGGUUUAUCCAUUGCUAUGAUCUCCAUUCUCAUGUUGCCCGCCGAUGUGGCUAACCGGCAUGCUUGUCGCCAUUCGAUUUACAACGGCGCCUGCAACCUCACUUUGCCCAUGAAGGAUCUUUGGCUUGCCGUUUACAUUAUCGACGCUGUCCUUGUCUUCUUCGUUAUCCCUUUCGCUAUGUUUUUCUAUGAAGGCGACCAGGACAAGAGUCUUGGAAAGAGGAUAAAAAGUGCUUUGAUUUGGGUAGUUACUACUGCUGUUGUUUGUGCUCUGGUGCUUGGGAUAUUAUACGGAGUCAUUGGAAAGGUGGACUUCUCUGUCCGGCACUUGUCUUCUGCCACAACCACUUUCCCUACUUCAUGGCAGUUUUCAAAUAAUCAACCUUGCAUUGGUAACACUGCUCGUCAGUGCUCAGCAUAUACAGCUAAUGCUGCAUCUGAGAAGACGUGGACCAUGCGUACUACGUUUCCAGAAUAUGUUGUUGCUCUAGCUACAAUUGUUGGGUCAGUGCUCUUCACGAUAUUUGGUGGUGUUGGUAUUGCUUGUCUACCCUUGGGACUUAUCACCGCAUUCAUCAGACGACCAAAGGCUGUUAUCACUCGGUCACAGUAUAUAAAGGUUCAUUGUGCUGGUUUUUUAGUUGUCUUCAUGCCAAUAAUUGGAUUUCAUUGGUUUUCAUGUACCCUGCAGGAGUUGCUCCAAUUGGAAGAAGAUGUGAACCUCUUAGAAGAGAUGUAUCCGCAAGGAGAGAAGGCAGAAACUGCUUGGGCCUUCACUGUCCUGGGAUACUUGGCCAAGUUUAUUCUUGGAAUAUUAGGAUUAAUUGUUUCUGUGGCUUGGAUUGCACACAUCAUCAUAUAUCUACUUGUUGACCCUCCACUCUCUCCUUUUCUUAAUGAAGUUUUCAUUAAACUGGAUGACGUCUGGGGUCUUCUGGGCACAGCUGCUUUUGCUUUCUUCUGUUUCUACCUCCUACUUGCUGUUAUUGCUGGGGCAAUGAUGCUUGGUUUGAAGCUGGUCUUCAUUACCAUUCAUCCAAUGAAAUGGGGAGCCACUCUUAUGAACUCUUUCCUCUUCAAUGUUGGUCUCAUUCUCCUUUGUUCUAUCAGUGUGAUCCAAUUCUGCGCCACUGCAUUUGGAUAUUAUGCUCAAGCCACCGCCGCACAGGAGAUAUUUGGCCACACUUUGCAGUCUCUUCGUGGUAUUAAGUACCUCUACAAGUACAAUGUGUUCCAGAUCGGGUUUGUUGUCCUCGCUGGACUGACCUUUUUAUAUUACAUUGCCUUUGGAUGGAGAAGAAAAAAGCCGAGCGGUAGAUUCCAGCUCUCUACCUAAUGUAAAUCUCUUCUAUUUAUUUUAUCCU